AUGUUUGCCACCACGGAUACUGACACGUCACCCAGAUGCGUCUGGGUGAACGGCCCCGUCAUCGUCGGCGCCGGGCCUUCCGGGCUUGCCGUGGCCGCGGGCCUCCGCCAGCAUGGCGUCCCGUUUGUCGUCCUCGAACGAGCCGACUGUAUCGCCUCCCUCUGGCAAAAUCGAACCUACGAUCGCCUCAAACUCCACCUCCCCAAAAAGUUCUGCCAGCUGCCGGACUUCCCGUUCCCGGACCAUUACCCGGAGUACCCCUCCAAGCGUCAAUUUGUCGAGUACCUCGAAUCGUACGCCGCCAAAUUCGAAAUCGAGCUUCGGUUCAAUGAGUGUGUCCGGUCGGCAAAGUACGACUCCGGCUGCCGCCUCUGGAGGGUGCGAACCGACGGAGCUGAGUACCUCUGCCAGUGGCUGGUGGUGGCCACCGGCGAGAAUGCCGAGCGUGUGGUGCCGGAGAUCGACGGUUUGGAGGAAUUUUCCGGCGAGGUGAUCCACGCGUGUGAUUAUAAAUCCGGGGAGGGGUUCCCGGGGAAGAAGGUGCUCGUCGUUGGAUGUGGGAAUUCAGGCAUGGAAGUCUCUCUCGAUCUCUGCAAUCACGGCGCCAGGCCGGUUAUGGUUGUUCGGAGCUCGGUUCACGUCCUGCCGAGGGAGAUUUUCGGAAAGUCGACUUUCGAGCUGGCCGUUUUCCUGAUGACGUGGCUUCCGUUGUGGUUAGUGGACAGGGUCAUGGUCAUGCUGGCCUGGAUGGUCCUCGGGAGCACGGAGAGAUACGGGCUCAAAAGGCCCGCGGUCGGCCAGCUACAGCUCAAAAACACUCAGGGCAAAACCCCGGUUCUCGACAUAGGCGCACUUGCGAAAAUCCGGUCCGGGGAAAUUAGAGUGGUCCCCGGCAUCAAGAGGUUCUCGAGCCGCUCGGCCGAAUUGGAAGACGGACAAAAUCUCGAAAUCGACUCCGUCGUUCUUGCGACUGGAUACCAGAGCAAUGUGCCUUACUGGCUUCAGGAAACUGAGUUUUUCUCUAAGAAUGGGUUUCCGAAAACGCCCUUCCCGAACGGGUGGAAAGGAAAGGGUGGAUUGUACGCGGUUGGGUUCACGAGGAGAGGGCUAUCGGGUUUGUCGGCGGAUGCUGUGAAAAUAUCGAGCGACAUUGCCAAAGUUUGGAAGGACGAUUUGAGGCAUAAGAAGCAGAAAGUGUCGACUCAUAGGAGGUGUAUCUCGACGUUUUGA